GGCGGCGGGCGAGAGGCUCCGGCAGCUGAACAUCGACGAGGGCGACGACAGGGAGCAUAACAGGAUGAUCCGCAGCCAGUAUCGGGAGCUGAUCUCCACCGUGCAGCAAAAUCGAGAGGCUAUGCUGAAUUCAAGAAGCAACAAACUGACAGAAGCUUUGGAAGAAGCCAAUAGACUUUUUGAUGGAGUUUGCCGUGCACGUGAGGCCGCACUGGAUGCCCAGUUUCUUGUUAUAGCAUCCAAUAUAGGAAAGGAGAAGGCCAAUGAGUUACACUCAGAAAUGUCAGCAUUUGAUUCAACAGCAUUUGCAGAAGACUUGCUGACCUUUAUGGGUAUAAAUCGCACAGAAAUAGAAGAAAAUGAUGACUCUGAGGAUGCCUCAGGUGUUUUUUUACCUAGUGAUGCCUGGAAGACAAUGGGAGAAGAAGCACCCAAGUACUUCAGAAGAGCACCUACUUUUCACUACAUGAUGGGAUCUUUCAAGUCUGAGCCUCCUGUACCAAAGCAGCGGAUUGAGAGGCAGAAGAAAGCUAACAGAGGAAAAGCAGAACGGGCAAUGCCUGCUCAGUUAAAAAAAAUGGAGGAAUCUCAUCAAGAAGCUACAGAAAAAGAAGUAGAGAGGAUCUUGGGAAUACUGCAGACUCAUUUUGAAAAUGAUCCUAAUACACCCAUUUCCUUCUUUGAUUUUGUGAUUGAUCCGAACUCGUUUGCACGCACUGUGGAAAACAUGUUUCAUGUGUCCUUCCUUAUCAGGGAUGGUCUUGCAAAAAUAAAGAUGGAUGAAGAUGAAUUGCCAAUAAUAGAGCCUCUAAAACCCAGUGGAGGAGAGGAGGACAGCAGAGCUGGAGCACGGAACCAGGUGGUCUUAAGUCUGGACCAGAAAGAAUGGCAGGAGAUCAUAGAAACAUUUCAGAUAAGAGAAGCCAUGAUUACCCCUCUCUCUCAGGGCACUGAAGAGGACAUGGAAACAGAGUAACUACUCAAGUGCCUUAAAGAAAAUACUUCAAAACAUUUGU